AAUAAUGUAAAUGGUGAUUUGGAUGAUAAUUUGAGCGAUGCAGAAGAUGAUGAAACAUGUAAUAACAGAGAAAUAUCUGAGUAUAUUAAAUCACAUAAUCCUGUUGGCGGUGUUUCAGAAUUAAGAAGUUCGGGCAUGACAAACAACAUUCACACCUUUGAAAAAGAAUGUGUUUUAAAUUUGCUUGGAAAAAUAAUACAAGAAUCAGUUGAAAACGAGCAGAAUUACCUAGAUGCAAUAUUAAUGCCACAUUCAAAUAAACCCAAGAACGA